AUGAGUUUUAAGGGGUUCACAAAGGCCAUUACCAGGGCUCCACAAUCUUUCCGUCAGAAAUUCAAGAUGGGUGAAGAAACUGUGGAUCCUGUGUAUGAAGAUGCAGAACGUCGUUUUAAAGAAUUAGAAGAUGAAACUAAGAAGUUGAGUGAGGAAUCGAAGAGAUACUCCAGUGCUGUUAAUGGGAUGUUAACUCAUCAGAUUGGGUUUGCCAAAUCCAUGGAGGAAAUCUUUAAGCCUAUUAGUGGUAAGAUGAGUGACCCCAAUGCUACCAUCCCUGAAGACAAUCCAGAAGGUAUUGAAGCCAGUGAACAAUAUAGAGCCAUUGUUGCUGAUUUACAAGAGACUUUGAAGCCGGAUCUAGCAUUGGUGGAGGAUAAGAUCAUUAAGCCUUGUCAAGAGUUAUUGAAAAUCAUCACUUAUAUCCGUAAGAUGGCUACGAAGAGAAACCAUAAGAAGUUGGAUUUGGAUAGAAGAUUGAACACUUAUAAUAAGUAUGAGAAGAAGAAGGAACCCACAGCCAAAGAUGAAGAAAAAAUGUACAAGGCUGAAGCCGAGAUGGCUGUUGCUCAACAAGAAUACGAUUACUACAACGAAAUGUUGAAGACCCAAUUACCUAUAUUAUUCGGAUUGGAGGCACAAUUUGUUCAACCAUUAUUUGUUUCCUUUUACUACAUGCAAUUGAACAUUUUCUACUCGUUGUACAACAAGUUUCAAGAUAUGAAGAUUCCAUACUUCGAUUUAAAUAGUGAUAUCAUUGAAGCUUUUAUGGCCAAGAGAGGUAAUAUCGAAGAACAAACGGAUGCCUUGACCAUCACACAUUUCAAGAUUGGUUACUCCAAGGCCAAACUAGAGAUGACCAGAAAACGUUAUGGUGCUGCUGGCGCAGGUGCCAAUGAAUCUGAUUCCUCUGGUUACGGUUCCCCCGCCAUGGGUGGUGCUCCAGUGUAUGGAGGAGCCGCCGCAGGAUAUCCUGGCCAAGAACAACAACAACAACAAGCGUACGGGACAGCACCGGGUCAAGUUGGUUACGGAGGGAUGCAAUCUCCUCCAGCUACAGGUUAUCAACAACCCAUGUCUCCCGGUGCACCCACAGGUAUGGGUAUAGGCCAACCACAAGGAUAUGGUGCACCCGCCGCUGCAGCUGCCGCCCCUCCUGCCUAUAACAAUGCUGGCAUGCCCCCCACAGCGGGCUCCAUGACAGCAGGUGGAGAGACGGUUACUGCCCUCUACGAAUACCAGGCCCAGGCAGCUGGGGACUUGAGUUUCCCAGCAGGCGCCGUCAUAGAGAUCGUGGAACGUACGCCAGACGUCAACGAGUGGUGGACGGGUCGCUACAACGGCCAACAGGGUGUGUUCCCGGGCAACUACGUGCAACUUAACAAGAACUAG